AUGCUUCUUAGAGAAUCCUCAUAGUAGCAAAGGGCCUCUGCAAAAUAAUAGGAAUUUAAAAAAUAGAAGAGUUAUCGAUUCACAAUCUCGAAUCAAAUGAUGAAAAGAAGCCCAACAAGGUUUUUAAAAGAGAUGAAGAGUCUCAAACAUAAUAUAUAAUAAAGUACUUUGAAGAGUUUAAAAAAUUUUCAACCUUAUGAAAACAAAGAUGAAAAUUCCUCAGAUUCUAGUGAGUAUAAUAAUGUUGAUGAAAAGCCUGAUCCUUUAGAAGACAAAAUUGCAGUACCUAAUUUGAGUUUUAAAGAAGGCUUUUUAUUAACACUCGAAUAAAAUGAACAAUAGACACAUAAUUCAUCUGAUUAUAAUAGUUUGAAAGGACCUAAAAAGCAUAUUUUAAGGAAUAUAAAGAAAUGUUUUGGUGAUUCAAGUUCUAUGAGUGAAGUUAAUUCUCAAGAUCAAUUACUCGAUAGAAGACAUGAUAAUUUUCCAAUUUAAGAUUAAAUAGAAGAAUUAGAAGCAUAGCAUAUAGAAGAUGUGGAAUAUUUUUGUGAAGAUCUUGAUCCAAGAAUUUUGAAGAAAUAUUAAAAGCAUAAAGAACGUAAUCCAUUUGAAGAUCCUUAUUAUGUUGUAUUGACACCUCUACAUGGUUUAGAAAGGUUAAAACAUGAAUUAAAAGUAUUUAAAUUAGUUUAGUCUAGAAUUAUAAUGAUCAUCUUAAUUUCCUGUAAUUAAGAAAAUUUAUAGUUUAUUGUUGCUUAUGUAUACCUAUGUAUUUCUAGAAAAUUGUAGAUAGUUACCAAUUCAAAUUUAUUAAUGGUAUUUGUAUUAUUUGUAAUCUCACUCUAUUUACAUUAAGUAAUUCAAAUCCUCCAAUUACAAAUGAGAAGUAUAAACAAUUUAUAUUUUAUUGUUUUGCUAUUGAAAUAUGUAUUAGAAUUUUAGCUGCAGGAGGUAUAUAUCCUACUAUACAUUUUUUAUACAGUAAAGAAGAUAUUUUUAAUUUAUUAUGUACAUUAAUUAGCUUUUUACAUUAUUUUUACCCUAAUUCUAUUCCAUUUGAUCCAACUCCACUUAGAAUAAUAACAAUUUUUAUAUAUUUAGGAGAUGUUUUAUUAAGAUUGAAAUAUAUGUUAAUAGCUUUAAAAAAAUCAUUAGUAUUUUUAGCUGAAGCAUUAUUCAUUCUUUUAAUAUCUGCUUUAUUUUUUUCAAUAAUUGGAGUCUCCUUAUUUUAAGGACUAUUUAAUUAUAGAUGUUAACCAAUAGAAGGAGAUCCAGUUGAUGAUUGGAUCUAAUGUUAUUAAAAUAUUUGUCCAGAAGGAAUGCAAUGUAUGAUUUCAACAGAAACUCCUAAAUUACCUACAUCAUUUAAUAAUAUAUUUUUUUCUUUUGGUUAGAUUUUAAGAACAAUAACAAUGGAUGAUUGGAGUUGGGUUAUGUUUUUUACAAUGAGAAUAUUUCAUCCAUGGAUAUGGAUUUAUUAUUUAUUAAUAAUUUUUGUAUGUGGAUUUUUUUCUAUUAAUUUGAUUAUUGCAGUAUUGAAAAUUCACUAUUCAGAAGCAACAUAAGAAUGUGAAGAAUUUGAGAAGUUAUCUAAAUAGAAAAAUGAUCAUAGUUUAUAAAGAUAAGAGAUGUUUUUAAGUAAGGAUGUUAUUUCUUAUUUUGAUUUAUCUUUUUUACGUUACAUUGGUUUUUAUUCUGUUUUAAAGACACAUAGACAUUUGAUAAAUACUACGAAGCCUUUGAAUGAAUUAAUUGAAGAUAAUUUUAGACCUGAGAAAACAAAUCAAUAGUUAAGAUUAUUAUCAUCAAAAUAAAAAAAGAUUUUAGAUGAAGCAUAAAUGGUAUUUGAAUUAAAUAUUUACUGUAGAAACUUAAUUAAGGUUCUAUAUGGAAUAAGUUCAAGAAUUUUUCACUUAAAAAUUAACUAUUGCCUAAGUUUAAGGAACUUAAAAAAGAAUAAAGUUUAGUAAAUAUUAAUUUAUAUUCUGAUGAUCCUAUUGAAAUUUCAAUAUUAUUGAAAUUAAUAGAAUACAAUUUUACUUAAUUGAACAAUUCUGUAAAUUAUCAUGUUGAAUAGAAAUUUAACAGUUUAAAAGAUGUCUUUGUUUAGAAGAAAAGGUAUUUAUAGGCUAAUUUGUUAGAAUUGGACAUAAGGAAAAAAUAUAAAUGUAUUAUCAACAUUUGUUAUCUAAGAAGAACUUAAAAUAAACAACUAGACAAUAAUCAGAUUAUUCAAUAUCUAGAUAUCCAAUCCAUAAGAGUACUAGAAGAAUAACUAUUUAAAAGACUUUAAGUAAAAAGGAUGAAAGUCUUGAUGUGCCCUCUCUCUAAAUAAAGAGAAGAAAUAAUGAUUUAAAAUCUAUAAUUAAUAUGAGAACGAGAGUUGAAUAAAAAUUACCAUUUGAACAUAUUAGUAAAGGAAAAAGAUAUGUGUUUAUUUAAGGAUAUUAUAUAAAUUAUGAAUAGAUUCAAGAAAAAAUCAAUAUGAAAAUACCUAAAGUAAAAUUACAAUUAGAUUCAAAUGAAGAAAUAUAUUAAUAGAUUUUUUAGAAAGAAAGAGAGUAAAAAAUAAUAAAAACAAAAAAUUGGUCAGGAAAUAAUGUUUUAUUAAUGAAUCCAGAUCGUAUGUAGAUGUUUGAAGAAAUUUUUAAUAGUUUAAAUAAUUUCAAUUAAUUAAUAUGGAUGCCAACAAUAGGUGGAAAAUUAUUGAUAAUGAGAAGAUACACUCUUAUAAUAAUAGAUAAUUAGAUUACUUAAUUAUUUUUUGAUUUAAUAAUCUUGAUAAAUUUUAUUUUCUUAUCUUUGUAUGGAAUAGCAAAUCCAAUAAUUAUAUCAAAAUGUGAAGAUAUAUCAACAGUUUUUUUGUUGAUAGAAAUUAGUUUAUAAAUGUUUACAUAUCCAUUAUAACGAUUCUUUUCAAGUAAAGAAAAUGUAUUAUAAGCAAUAAUAAUGAUUGCAAGUUUUAUAGAAUUUAGUUUUAGUGAUUAUUUAAAUUUAACAGAAUAAUAUUUAAGAUUGAUAAGAGGAACUAAAUGUAUUCUAUUUUAUAGAUGUUUAAAAUACAAUUAAAUGGCAGUAUUAAUAGGUAAGAUUGCAUCUAUAACAUUUAAGCAAUACAUAUAUUUAACUAUAUUUAUGUUUAUAAUUAUAACAAUAUAUGCAAUGAUUGGAAUGGAUCUAUAUGCAAGUAAGUUUGAUUAAAAUUAUUUUUUGGGUUAAUUACAUUCAUUUGAUAAUUUAUUGAAAGCAAUUAUGACAAUAUUUAAUAUAAUGACAAAUGAUGAUUGGUAUGGAGUAUUUGUAUUAGGAACAGAGAUAAGUACUGUUGCUGCUAUCAUAUAUUCAUAUUCUAUGGUUAUAAUUUUGAAUUAUUUAACUUAUGGAUUGGUUUUAGCUAUAUUGCUUGAUGGAUUUGGUAGAUAUCUAGAUGAAAAAGAUGAAGUAGAUUAAAGUGAUAAAUAAAUGUUAGAAAAUCAAAUGACAUCUGCAAGAGAUGAGGAAGCAUUAAAUACUGAAUUAGAUUCUACAAGAAAUUUAAAAAUUAAAUCAUAAUAUUUUCCAUCAUAAGUUCAAAUUUGUGAAUUGGAAGAGAAAGAAUAACCAAAAGUAAAACUUGAUUUAAUGGAAAGUUUAUUACGAUCUUUAAGUAUAAUAAUGUAAUUAUAUUAGAGUAAUUAAAUAAAUAAAUAAUGAAAUCAAAUCCUAAAUUAUUUUAAGAUAUUCAAUGUGAAACAUCUCUCUAUUUAUUUGAAAAAACUAGUAAAAUAAGAAUUAUUUGUUGUAAUUUCUGUUCAUCUUAAGCUUUUUAUUGGUUUACUAAUUUAGUUUUGAUUUCAUCUAUUAUUGUAAUGAUUAUUAGAACAUAUCAUGAUUAUGAAUAAGAGAAAAGUUAAUAUCCAUAUAUAUUAUUGAUGAUUUUAAAUGUAUUUAUGUUCAUAGAAGAUAUAAUAUGUAUAAUUGCAAAAGGUUUAUGUAUGGAUAAAGGAUCACAUAUAAAUUAUUCAUGGUAAUUAAUUGAUUUAAUUUAUUUACUUGGAUUCUUUAUUGAUAGUUAUAAACAUAAUCCAAUAAUUAAUAUUUGUUUAUUUUUAGGUCAUUUUAGACCAAUGAAACUUAUGUAUAGAAUUAAAUGGUUAGAUAAAAUAAGAGCUGCUUUAGCUUAAUCACUUUUAGAUAUGUUAAAGAUAUUAUUAACUUUAGUUUCAGUAUGGAUAAUGUUUGGAGUAUUUGGUAUAAUUUUAUAUGAAAGUUAAUUUGGAUUUUGUGAUGAUAAAAUGUAAUUCUAUAUUAAUGAAAGAGAAUGUAUAGAAACUGAAAGAUAAUGGAUUAAUUUUAAACAUAAUUUUGAUAAUAUUACUAUUGCAUUACCAACAUUAUUUGUAGUAUCAACAUUUGAUGGUUGGGGAGAAAUCAUGUAAGUAGCUGAAAAUAGUAGAUAAAGUAGAUAUGGACCAUCUCCAUUUGCUACUUAUAUAUCAACAUAUGCAUAUUUUAUAUCAUUUUGUUUUGUAGGAUCAAUGUUCUUUUUGAGUUUCUUUACUGGUACACUCUUUUCUAAAUUAAGAUUUAAUUAACAAAAGAUUGAAAUGUAAGAUGCAACUAAAUUUUAAAGAGAAUUUACAGAAAUAGCUCCAAUUAUACUUAAAGAUACUCCUGUUUUUUCAACUCCACCUACUAAGAUAUUAAGAAGAUUUGCCUCUUUUAUUGUUAAUAAUUCUCUUUUUUAGAAAUUUAUGUUUCUAAUUUUAUUAAUAGAUUUAAUCUGUUAAUUAUAAUAUUAAUAUGAUAUGGAUGUUGAAUAUAUUAGACAAAUAAAUAUUAUUUAAAGAUUUAUUAUAUUAUUUUAUGCAUUAUGGAUUGCAUUAUUAUUUAUGUCAUUAGGUAUAAAUAGAUAUUUUGACAAUAAUUGGAGAAGAUAUUAUACAUUUUUAAUUAUCAUAUCUCUUUGUGAUUUAAUAGCAGAUUUAUAAAAUGAUUGGGUUAUAUAUUAUUUUUAAUCAAAUGUGUUCACUCCAUAUUAUUAAAUGAUAAGAGUAGCAUUUAUGACUAGAUAAUUACGUUUACUUGUAAUAUUUUAAGGAUUAACAAAUUUAUCAAGAUUAAUAAGAGUAAUGGGUUUUGCUCUUCCAUUUUUAGCUAAACUCAUAUCUAUUCUAAUAAUUACAAUGAUUAUAUAUGCAUUGAUUGGAUGUUAAUUAUUUGGUAAAAUUAUUGAAGGAGCAGUAAUAGAUGAUCUUAUUAAUUUUACUAAUUUUGAAUAUGCUUUAUUGGCACUUUUUAAAUGUGCAUCAGGAGAUGAUUUUAGAACUAUUAUGACAGAUACAAUGCAUCAUAAUCCAUUAUGUCCAGAAAAUCCUGAUUGUUGUGGUUCAGAUUUCAAUUAAUUAUAUUUCAUUACAUUUAUGCUAUUUUCUAAUUAUGUUCUUUUGAAUUUGUUUAUUUUAGGUUUGAUAGAACAAUUUGAAGAAUUUUUCUAAGUAUAAAAUUCAAUGAUUUAAACAUAUGUUGAAGAAAUCGAUAAAAUAAAAACAGCUUGGUGUAAAUAUUCAGCUGAAACUAAUGGUUAAAGUAUGCAUUAUAAAUUUCUUUGUCGUUUUUUACUUGAUAUUGGAUAACCAUUAGGUGGAGGAAAAGAUGAUAAUUUAUGGGAUGCAGCAAAAUUAGCAUCUAAAUUAAAUUUGAGAUGGUAUACUUUUAUAAUUAAAUAGUGAUGCUUGUGGAUAUAUUCAAUAUAAUCAAUUACUAUAUUAAUUAUUUAGACGUUGUUAUCAUGAUGAAGUGUUUAAAGAUGGAUCUUAAGAGUCCAUUUAAAAUAUGAAAUAAUUUAAUAAAGAAAUGCAAAUUCGAUUACUAUAUUAUAGAAGAAAUAAAAGUUAAUAGAGAAGUAAUAUUAGUUAGCAUACUUUAUAAUUUAAAUCUAAUUUCAACAUUCUUCAUGAUUAUUUGAAUGUUUUAAUCUUAUUUAAAACUUGGUAAUCAUACUCAAAUUUACUUGUUCAAAAGAUUAUAAGGAGACAAGAUGAUUAUACAGAAAGUGAUGAAAUAACAUUAGAUGGGAAUCUAUAAAAUAAUCCUUAAUAGUAUUUAAUAAUAUUUAAUGGAUAGUUGGUAAUAAGUAUAGAGUGAUUUUAUAAAUGAUGGUUUCAGUUCAAAAAGAAGAACUACAGAUAUUAAAUUAUAUGAAGAUCAAUUUUCUGGUCAUUAUGUUACACCAUAAAGUGCUGUUUCUUAAAGGGAACCUUAAUUACCUGUAUAUUAGACAACACUUCAAUAAGAAACAGAUAGAAUAUUUGGAGGUUUUGAUGAAAAUGUUGUUUUAGAUUGCAGAGAAAUCAAAUAUAAAAAUUGA